AUGGUCGUCAACGAGAUCCGUACGGCGAUGCGAGUUGAUCGCAAGUUGCCCGCGGCAGAACAGCCAGGAGUACAUAACAGAUGGCAUCCUGACAUCCCCGCCUGUGGUAGCAUUAAGAACGGAGAAACAGUUAAGAUCGAAUGUCUUGACUGGACCGGCGGCCAAAUCAAGAACAACGACUGCGCGGAUGAUGUCCGUGACGUUGACUUGACGCAUGUCCAUUACCUAAGUGGGCCGUUUGAUGUAGAAACAGCAGAGCCUGGAGAUGUGCUCGUUGUCGAGAUCCAGGACGUCCAGCCGUUCCAGGAUGAGCCGUGGGGAUUUACUGGAAUCUUCGCAGCUAAUAAUGGAGGAGGAUUUCUGUCCGAAUUCUAUCCGCAGGCGGCAAAAGCAAUCUGGGACUUCGAGGGGAUAUUCUGUUCCUCGAGACAUAUCCCCGGAGUUCGUUUUGCAGGAUUAAUCCACCCCGGAAUCCUCGGAUGUGCACCAUCUACCGAGAUCCUGGCCGAAUGGAACAGAAGAGAGGGGCAGCUGAUGGCAGAGCACGUAGGAGCAGAAGUGGCCAAGCCGCCCGAGAUCAAGAAUGCACACGCCGGAGGAGCUUCAGGUGAAUUGAAAGCCAAGAUACAAAAAGAGGGAGCUCGAACUGUUCCUGGCCGGCCUGAAAAUGGCGGAAAUUGUGAUAUCAAAAACCUCAGUCGAGGAAGCAAAGUCUACCUCCCUGUGCAUGUCAAGGGAGCCAAGUUCUCUGUAGGAGACUUGCAUUUCUCCCAAGGCGAUGGCGAAAUCUCCUUCUGUGGCGCAAUCGAAAUGGCUGGUAUCAUCACGGUGAAACUCAGCGUGAUCAAGAACGGCAUGGCACAAAUGGCUAUGAAAUCACCCAUGUUCAUACCAGGUCCAGUCGAACCUCAGUUCGGACCAGGCAGGUAUCUGACCUUCGAAGGAUUCAGUGUCGAUCAUAAUGGAAAACAGCACCAUCUGGAUGCUACUGUUGCGUAUAGGGAGACGUGCAGAAGGGUGAUUGAGUACUUGCGUAGAUUCGGGUAUUCGGAUGAACAGGUGUAUUUGUUGCUGAGCUGUGCACCAGUUCAGGGGCAUAUUGCUGGGCUGGUGGAUAUUCCAAAUGCAUGUACGACCAUGGGAGUGCCCAUGGAUAUUUUCGACUUUGAUAUUCGGCCUGAGGUUGUUCCAGAGAAGAGGGAUCUAGGGAGCUGUGCUUUCACUAGUGAUCGCAAGGGUUAG